UGGGAGGAUCCACUCGCUUCAAUCUCGAUCUCAGACUUUUGCAGCGACAGGAGCACAACCAACCAACCGUCUCUGUUACUUCCAAAGAGUUACCGCCGGGACGUCUACAAACGCGCUCUUCUAUCUUUGGAUUUGUUGACAACUUUUACUUCUGUUUCCUCUUCCUUGGCGAGGCCGAAGACAUAUUCCCCCCCAUCUUUCUUCCCGUCGGCUUGGGGACGAGAAGAUAAAGCCUCCCUCGCUCCUCUAAUCAUAACAGGUCUGGUGUCACUGGAGCGCCUCUCCGCGGGAGAACAGCUCGAGACUUGCAUCAUGCUGGACGGCAUAAAAAUUGAAGAUCAUCCCCUGCGAUCGGGACAAGCCACGCUCGGAGUCAUGCUCGGCUCUGAGUGUCACCACAGAUCCGUGUGUGAGGGAUGCCAGCGUCCCAUCUCCGACCGCUUCUUGAUGCGCGUCAACGAUUCCUCAUGGCACGAGGAGUGUUUGCAGUGCACCGUGUGUCAACAACCUCUCACCACCAGCUGUUACUUCAGAGAAAGGAAACUUUACUGCAAACACGACUACCAACAGUUGUUUGCAACCAAGUGCAGCGGCUGCAUGGAGAAAAUCGCCCCCACGGAGUUCGUGAUGCGCGCCCUGGAGUGCGUCUACCACCUCAACUGCUUCUGCUGCUGCGUGUGCGACCGCCAGCUGAGGAAGGGCGACGAGUUUGUCCUGAAGGAGGGCCAGCUGCUCUGCAAGAUUGACUACGAGCGGGAGAAGGACUUACUCAGCUCGGUCAGCCCCGAUGACUCAGACUCAGAGAAAAGUGACGACGAGGAGCUGGACAUCAAGCCAGAGAAAGGCAUAGGGAGCCAGGGGAAGGGGGACGACGGGAAAGAUCCGAGGAGGCCCAAAAGACCACGGACCAUCCUGACCACUCAGCAGAGACGGGCCUUCAAGGCCUCCUUUGAGGUGUCCUCAAAGCCCUGCAGAAAGGUGAGGGAGACGCUGGCCGCAGAGACGGGGCUGUCUGUUCGGGUGGUCCAGGUUUGGUUUCAGAACCAGAGAGCUAAGAUGAAGAAGUUGGCAAGAAGACAGCAGCAACAACAAGAACAACAGAAUUCUCAGAGACUUGGCCAAGAGGUGAUGUCUAAUCGGAUGGAGGGGAUGAUGAACUCCUUCACACCACUGGCUCCGCCACAGCAGCAGCUGGUCGCCAUGGAUCAGAAUGGUUACAGCACAGACCCGUUCCAACAGGGGCUCACCCCCCCACAGAUGCCCGGGGACCAUAUGAACCCAUAUGGUAAUGAUUCCGCAUUCCAUGACAUAGACAGCGACACGUCUCUAACCAGCCUCAGCGACUGCUUCAUGGCCUCCUCGGAAGUCAACUCCAUGCAGGCCCGCGUGGGGAACCCCAUCGACCGCCUCUACUCCAUGCAGAACUCUUAUUUUGCGUCAUGAAAAGAGAGGAACCGGGGGAAAGGAAAAAAAAAGGAAAAACAUCAGCACAGAAUAAACUGCCCAUCUCAACCGAAAGCACGGCGGCCAGGAGUUUCUACACGAACGCGGACGCGACAGAAGAAGCGCCUCCAUUGCAGUAGCUCCUGGUUGUGUGCGGAAGCUCACUCAAUAGUAAAACCACUUGUUGUAGGACAGUGAAGAUUCCUGGGGAAAAAAAAAAAGACUUAAAUAUUGUUAGAGAUUAUUUGGUAGGAUUGCUUAUUUGUCACAAGAGAUAUUACUCUUUUGUUUGUUCACACAAAACAAGUAGAUAUCGAUGCCACUGAUUACACACUUUAAAACCAAAUAACACCGUGAAUUUAUACAGUGCAUGAUCAGUUGUAAACUAAAACCUAUUUUUUUUUUUUUUGUAAGCCCCUCAUGGUUAAGAUGUGGUGUUUGGACUGUUUCUUCAUCACACUACAUGGAUUUCCAUGUCCUCCGUUAGCAUUUUGAUCACUUUCCAUAGGUUUAGAUAUCGUGUUAAUAGUAAAUAGGUGCAGCAUGUCUGCAAGAGUGACUGUACAUUUGUGUAUGUAUGAGAGUUUGUGAAAACACAGAAUUGUUUAGAGGAGAUCGAAAAGUGGAGAAUUUGUUCGACAGGUAGGAUCAGUGAAGUGUAAAUACUUUCCCCAGGCAAAUUGGAUGUGCAUGUUAAAAAUGGAAAGCAUUCUAUUUAUUUAACUAUAACAGGCUCUUGAAGGUACAUAUUAAAACUGAAAAGCUUUAUUUAAAAAGGAGAGCAUUUUUUUUUGUUGAGCAAUUAGUGAGUUCAUGAGUGUCACAACUCAUCUGUAUACCUUUUUUUUAAAAAAAAAUAUGAAGAUUAACCCUUUUGUUUUGCUGUUUCCUUCAGCCAAGCUGUAAAUGAGCAAAGUUGCUAUUUAUUUCGUACAGACCAUAAGCCUUUUGUUGUCAUUGUCCUAUGUGCAUUCUCAAAAUGUUAAAGUUGCUAAUUGACCAAAGUUGACUGGUUUGAUGAAUAAACAGUGUCUUUCUCCUGAUAACAUUAAAUAAAUAGCAUCAGUGACCGUU